GGCCUGAAGAUGGCUGAAGUGCUCUCAGAGAAGCCCAGCUCUGACUUCCUCUUCUCUGUGUGCUUGAGGUUUCACUGUGUUUCCUCUCACAGUGAGAGAUGUUUGAAUGAUCACAGUAUAGAAGAUAUUCAUCUGGAUCACACGAUGAAGAUCAUCCAGCUUCAGAUCUAUCUGUUCAUGUGGUCUCAAGUCACAGAGAGUCUAACAAACACAGCAGUAACUUUAGGAGCUGAUGUGAUUAUAAGCUGUGAUCUUGAUAUAGAGGAGAUUUACUGGUACAAACUGAAGUUACCGGAUCCUCCAGAGUUGAUCUUACGCACUUACAGUAGCACAUAUGAAGGAGCUAAAUAUGAAAACAGCAUCUUUGAAGACAAAUACUCAGUGAAAACUAACAGUCGUCUGUUCAUCAGAAAUAUCAGCGCUGAUGAAUUAGGAGUUUAUUAUUGUGUGAAAACUAGUGAACCACAAAAAUUCAGCAACGGCACCAAAAUCUACAUCAGCGAAUCAGUCUACAGGAAUCAGACAGAAUCAAAUGCUGCUCCAGAACAGGAGACACCAUGGAGAAACCUGACCAUCAUCACAUCUGUCCUGCUGAAUGUGCUUCUGAUCAUUGCAUUAAUAGGUUUGGUGAAGAGCAAAACUGAUGCAACUGGAAAAUGUAAAAAUUACUCAAAUAAUCUACAGUGUGCUGAAAUUGAUUUUUCCAUGUGUGCCGGUAACAUCAGAUCUUGUCCAGAGCAGAGCAAGAUUGUCUACCGCCAAUGUAUGAUGUAGAAUUCAUUAUAAAUACAAACUGUGCCUUUUAUAUGAUUGUUUUUACAAACUAUAGUUAUUUUCAUAUACAUUUUUUAAGUUCAGCAUAUCUAAAUAUGCAGAGUAGUAGACAUUAAUAUAAGGUUUUUUUUUCUUUUUUUCUGGUUGGUUUGAGUGGAGAUCUUGCUCAUAUAUAAUAGUGAUAAUCAUCAUGUUUUUUUAUUAUUAUAAAUGCGCUGAUGUUUACACUAGUAGUUAGAGUUAUAAACCACAGGCCAAAUGAGGUUUCUUAAAAAUGCCGUUGCAACUUUCACGAAACUUAAUGCAACAUUAUACUGGAUCAUAAAUCAGCUGGCAGUCCUGAAGAUACAAUUCACUUCUUCAUUCCUAAUGUAUGUAACAUUGUCAUGAAAUCAAAUAAUUUUCUGCUAGUUCUACAUUUUUAUAUUUCAUUAUUUGUCAUGCAGCUGGAAAUCAAGGAAACAAACCUCAAUAAAUGUACUAGAGAGAUUUUUUGCCUUGCAUACUAAAUGUUUUGUAUGUUUUUUGUACAUAUUGAAAUGUCUAUAUUUUGCACAGCUCUUGUUUGUGGUUUACAUACAACAUAUUUCAGACACAUGACAUUUUCCACUGGUUUAGACACUGA